AUGUUGAUUUAAUAAAGACUGCCCAUUAUCUAAUAUAAUGAUUACAAAUCAUUUUUAAACAGUUAAUGGUUGAUGAAUAACUAUCUCACCGAAAUUUAAUUUAUAGAUUGUCUCAAAGAAGUAAGCAAUUAAGUUGGGAUGCUCAGCAAAGAAAAGGCUUAAUUUAAUUAAGAGUAGCUGGCUUAAAUAAACACCAUCAAUCAAAAAGUAAUUUUACUAACUUACUUUCUUUUUGGUUACCACAUUAUUUAUGUGGAGAAAUAAUAUUUCGUGUAUGCUCUCUAUAAGUAAUUUUUGCUUAUCAUCAUUAAGAUAAGCAAUAAGAAUUGUGAUCAAUUACUUUCAAUUACAUCUUCCUCCCAUCCCAUAUGUAAGUCUAUAUUUUUUGAAUGCGUCAUUAUGCUACUAAAUUAAUCAACAUACCUCCUAAACCAAGCAGAUCAGAUCUAGGUAGAUAAUGAUAUUGAUGAUGACGUAUAGAAUCUGCUUAAUUCAAAACUAUUUUACAAGAUGGCUUAUAUAACUCUAAUGGAUUUGAUAAAAGACACUGUCCUACAGAAUCACUUCGAUGGACAAUCCCUGAUAGCAAUUUGUAUAAAUUAAAUGCUCUUAACUGAUUAACUUUAAUCAAAAUUGUCAUUGGAUAAAAUAAAAAAUAUUCGAUAGCAUGACACUGAAUAUCUGAUUAAUUUGAUGAGAUUAUUCAUAGACAAUAAGGACGAUCAAUUGCAUAUAACCAAAUAGAUACUUCGAUAUAUAUUCACUCUUAAUGAAGAAAGAAACUGUUAGAUAUCCAAAUUAGUGUUCUCCAAUUUAAAGUAACUAUCUCAUUCAACUUCUCUAAUACUUUAAUCUAUUAGAAUUUGGCUGGAAUCCAAAAAUCAAAUUGUCAUCCAACAAAUUCGAUUGUACUUGGAGGAAUAUCUGAAAACCUCGUUCAACUAAAUUCACGAUGAUUCUGAUUAUAUUCCUAUGCUGUUUCAAAUUUUAUCCUCAAUUUAAAGCUAAGGAUUUAUAGAAGAAUCAAAUUUUUCUGAAUCAGUCUUUGAAGAAUUAAUAUAAAUCUUUCAUUUUCUGUGGCAUCAACUAGAAUAAGAAACCAACGAUAGGAUGUUUGCUGAGAAAAUUGAAUUCUGGCAAAACUACACUAAAAAAUUGAGAAAAUAGUCAAACUUCACAAAUCACAACUAGAAAUCCUUCCCCAGUACGGUCAGAGACUGUGCUGCUCUAUAUCUGAUUUUGCAUGAUCAACAGAAUACUAAGAAAUACAUCAAUCCAGCAGAUUCCCUGAUACCUUACAUAGAUGCUCUGUAUCCACUUGAACAAUAAUAGGUGAAAGAUAUGCAGCUUAUGCAAAACCUUAUUAAAUCAUCUGUGGAAUUCCUAGUUGAUCCUAUUUUAAAAGAUGAUUUGGUUGUUCUAUAGACUUUGGAAAAAGUAUUAACGUAGGUUCAAUUGUUGAAUUCUUCAAUGAAAUAGAAGGUCUUUUAAUUGAUCUGGUCGAGAUGGUCCCCUGAAAAUCCAUUUUAUGUAAAAAUCUUGUAAUAGAUUGUAUCUAUUUUUCUGGAAAAUGAAGAUUAAUAAUUAGGAACAAGAAAUAACUUCUUCUUGUCUAUUUUGGCUAUGGAGAGCGAGAAGAAAAUAGUUCAUCCACAGAAAUUUCAUACCCUAUUAUAAAUUUGUUAAUAUCUUUGUCUUGAAAAUGCUCCUGUAAAUAUGGAACAUAUAUUUUCAUAAUCACAGGAUCAUAAUUCUUGUUUGAAAUUGAAAAAGUAUAAAAUUAAAAAAAGUUUCCAGGAAUUCUUUUAAGUGAAUAACUAUUACUCAAUGAUUGUUAAAUUAAUUUCAGGGAUUUAAAAUACAACUAAUUUGGUAUACAUCUUAAAGGAGUUCAUUAAAUUAGAGUGGUUAUUAACAGAAGGAUUGAAAUUAUCUUAAGUUGAAUUUGCUGAUGAGUUUGUUUAAUUUUUAGAAUAAAAGCUGUAAGUGUUUUCAGAGGAUUAAAUGAAAGAAUUAAUAGAACUACUAUAAGAUUGUUCAGUGUCAAUGGUUAGUAGAUUCCUCAAAUUAAAGAAUACUAUUGAUAAUUUAGAACAAUACGGAGAAAUAAUCAUAUAAAAUGAAUUUUGUUUGAAGGUUUUGGUUGAAGUGUUUAUAUUCAAUAGUCACCCAUCAGAAAACCUAAAAUAAAAGUGUCUCUAAUUUCUUGGAGUUCUUUUAUCAUUUAAUGAGUAUAAUUAAUUAGUAUUCAGAGAAUGUAUUCGCUUAUCUAACUUCCUCUAAUGCAUGAGAUAUUAGAGAAACAAAAAGUUAUAGUAGUCAAUGGAAGAUGUCUUAAAAAGAUCUUUGUCCUUUAUUAGAAAUGAUCAAAUCCAGAAAAUGAUCCAAAAUGCUCCGAAAGACCAUUAGAAAAAAUAAGUCUUUAGGCAAUCCAAUUUUUCUUAAUAUGUGGGUGCUACCUUAGAAACCUUUUCUGCUAUUAGUAAGGAAGUCAAAGGGAAAAAAUAGUUUCAACUUUUGGGCAAGGAUAGUGGAAUUGUUAUUAAGAACUAUCAAGAUUUAUGCACUAAGAAAUGGAGAUCCUUUACUAUUCUAAUUGAAUUCAAGAAGGAAAGUUUCUACUUUAUUAAUUCGAAUGCAAAACACAAGGAUGAAGUAUUUAAAGAAGAGUAGGUGAUAUUUAAUAUGAGUGGCAUGUUCGAAACUUAAAUGGGGAAUAAUUUCUCAGGUCAAAAAUACAGCCUUCAAUAGGUUGACUUAAUUAAGGUUGCCCUCUUAAAGCCACCUUUUGCCUAAGAAAAUUAGAAAAUUAACCCUUUGGAGAAUUUAAUCAAAAUAUCUAUAUUAAAUAAUGAAUAGAAACCAAAUGACAUGUAUAUAAAUUUCACCUAAAAAACCAAAGAUGAAUUGAUUUUAUUGGCAAUUAUAUUUGAGGAUAAACCCAAACACACUUUCUUCGUUAAAAUCUAAGAUGAACCCAAAAAGACCUAUCAUAUAAAAUCAUUUCUAACAGAAUACGUGAAGAAACAUUCUGAUAAAUAUCAUAUCACUUUAAACAUAGGAACUUAUUACAUUAAUUAAUAGUUCUAAAAUACAUUCUAAGGAGUCAUCAAUAAUUUUAUUAUUAUAGAAAAGGUUUUAUAUCUUAAGUAGAUUGAGGCAGUUUUUCAAAGAAAUUAAAAUAAUUUAAUAGAAAUUAUAGAAAAGGAAGUAUUACAAGCUGGAAAUGAAGAAAUUGAAAGUCGAGAAAUGUAAUAUCUGGAUAUUGAGAAGUUCAAGACUUGCUUCUCUCUUGUUGAGAUCAACGAUGCAAUUAAAGUAACAAAGUACUAAACAAUAUAAGAGCAAAAUUUCCUUAUGAAUAUGAUAAAGAAACAGGUCUCUCAUAAGAUGGUGCAUGAAUCCAAUUAAGUAGUGAAGGUCUUUUAUUAAGGAGUUAAUAUAAUAGAGGAUGCAGGGCUAGCUGAUGUGUUUUUAAGCUUAGAUAAUAUUGAAAUAAUACUCUUUAUUAUCUAAAUAUCUACCCAAACAUAUUUUAAUUUGGAAAAUUUUGAGAGAAGAUCAAGUAGGUUAAAGACCUUAUAGGUUACAUUGCCGAAUGAAGCAGGAAGAAAUUAGGGAGUAUUUAGAAGGAUCAAUUACUUCGAUAAUUUAUUUAGAUAGUACUUUUUAGUAAAAGACAUGAGAAAAUGCAGAGAUGAUUAUUUAAAUUGCUAAUAAUUUCAUCUGAAUUUAGUAAAAUCCAAUAGUUCUUAGUUUUCUUAAGGAGAAUCCCCAAUUGAAAAAAAGUAAAACUGCUUGUUAGAUACUAGUGGGUCUAUUGUUAAUUCAAUAAUAGGUGGGUGGAAUAACCCAUCAGUGUCUUAAUUCGUUUUGGAUCAUAGUGAAUAAAAUUAAUAACAUCAAAUUCAACCACUUUAGUAACAUUCAACCUAUGGAAUUGACGAACUAACUUAGAAUAAAUAAAAUGAUCCAGAAAUAAAAAAUGGGGCUUUCAUGGAUAUAAUUUCAGUAGAAAAGACUACUUUUAAAUCUUAAACUGAAAAACUUUCAUCAAACAAAUACAUUGAGGACACUAGAGUAAAAUCAUAAUAUGUGGGAAGAAGGACUUCAAGAAAUUACACCUGCAAUACUUCUCCUAAGAAACACACUUCUUUAAAUUAAUUCAAUCAAAAUAUUAUAGAAAUAUAGAGUGAUAAAAAUAUAGAGUUUACUCUUGAGGAAAAAUCGCCUACUCAUAAUGACACGAACAUCUUUUAAUGCGAAUGGAUUAGAGUCAAGUUGCAAGUCUAUGGAGAAUUGAGAGUAUUAGAAAAAGGAAAAGUUUUGCAAUUUUAAAGUGAUGCCAAGGAGCGUCCAGAAUAGGAUUUCUAUACAUAUGGAACAAUUUCUUUCAACCUAAGAAAAGUUAAAUUAACAAAGAGAUUGAAUACGGCUUCUAUUAUUGAAAUCUAAACUCGUCGCUACUCUCAUAAGGAAAUUGCAGUCGAAAUAUUUUGCAAGAAUAAAAAAUCUUAUUUCUUUGUGUUAUAUGACACUGAAAAAAGAAAUUAAUUUUUAAAUUGCUUUAAACAACAUUAUAAUAUUAGCUUAGUAAUAGAUCGAAGAGCUGAGUUUCAGGCUAGGAAUUAUACGAAGAAAUGGCUCAAAGGAAAAAUAACAAAUUUUGAAUAUCUGAUGUUGAUCAACAAAUAUUCUGGUAGAUCAUUCAAUGAUUUAAAUUAAUAUCCUAUUUUCCCUUGGGUUAUUAGUGAUUAUACAAGUAAGAAGAUAGAUCUAAACAAUAGAGAGCAGUAUAGAGAUUUAGACAAGCUGAUAAGUAGUCAAAAUAAGGAGAGAUUGGAAAACAUUAAGACGAGAGCAGAAUCCCUGAAGUAGACUUAAAUGGAAUAUUUUCUAUUUGGAUCUCAUUACAGUGUGGCAGCCUAAAUAAUAAAUACUUUGGUAAGAAUUGAGCCUUUUACUUCCCUUUAAUGUGAUUUAUAGGAUGGAAAAUUAGAUUAAGCAGAUCGCAUCUUUUUUUCAAUACCUAACACAUGGGUAUCGUGUUAAAAUGAUCAUUAAGAUUUUAGAGAGCUAAUACCUGAAUAUUUUUAUUUCCCUGAGUUUUUGAAGAAUAUAAAUAAAAUACAAUUUGGCAUAAGAUAAAAUUCUGAAGUGGUUGAUGAUGUUGUAUUACCACCAUGGGCAGAGAGUUGCGAAGAAUUUAUAGAAAUUAAUAGAAAAGCACUUGAAUCAUAUUUCGUAAGUGAAAAAUUGCAUAAUUGGAUUAACUUGAUUUUUGGACCCUAUUCAUAGGGAGAAGAAGCAAGAAAGAAAGAUAAUUUGUAUCAUUGGCUGACAUAUGAAAGUUGUUGGUAAUCCUUAGAUAAAUUACCAUACUAGGAUAAAAUGGGAUAUUUAACUUAGAUUUAAUCAUUUGGUUAGGUUCCUUUCUAAUUAUUUACUAAACCCCAUCCAUAAAAGUAGAGAUUAGAAUAAAAUUUGUAUUUUCCUUCAAAUUUAGUAAAAAUACUAACAGAUAAGAAACUCAUUAAUUCAAAAAGAAUAAUGAAAUUUGAUAAGAAACUUAUAGUAAAAACAUAUAAAGAAAAUGAUAAUUUGUAUGUUCUAAUGAAUAAUUGUUCUGUUUAUAAAUUAAAAUAUAAUGCAAGCUUAGAGAAAAAAGAAAGUGAAGAGAAGUUAUUGUCAGCUUAAUUAUUUUCAAUCUAAGAAGUAGAAAAAUUGCAUAUGGAGAAAUGCGAUAUAUUGAAGGAUCAAUAAUAAGUACAUGAGACCUACAAAAAUGCUAAGCCUAUCCACAUAACUGGCCAGCAGUUUUAAUUUGACGAUCAUUUUUUAUUUGUGGCUGGAUAUUUGAGUGGUUCUGUGUACAUCUAUGAUAUCCAUUAAGAUAAAGCGUAGAGCCCUAAUGUUUGCCAUAAAAUAAAGCUUCACAGAAGGAGAGUUACAUGUCUUUGUUAUUCACCAAAAUUAAAGGUUUUAUGUUUGGGGGCUAAGGAUAAUAGAGUAACAGUAUGGAAAGUGUAAUAAUCUAAUGAAAAGACAAUUUCAUUUGGAGCAUCUCCGAAAUACAUUCUUUAUGGACAUGAUAAAUCCAUUAAAUGUUUGACUAUUGAUGAAGAUAUGGAGAUUGUUAUAAGCCUUGACAAAGUAGGAAAGUUAUAGAUCCAUUCCGUUAUUUCAGGCUUGUUUUUGAAUGAAAUCAAAAUCCAAUUAAGCGUAGGCGAAAAAAUUUGGAAUGUCAUAUCAAAUGGAAAUGGACUUAUAGCAUUGUUAACUACUAAUAGUGAGAUUAUUGUUACUAGAGUAAAUGGCUUUGUUGUGAGAAGGUAUGUCAAUAACAAUAUUGGCUAAAUUACACAAAUUAUGUUCUAUUAGGAAUCUCAUCUACUUAUUUCUACUCUCAAAGGAGAAAUUCUAUUGAUUCAAGAUGUAUCUAGUUUAACAGAACAAUACCCCCUUAUUUUUCACAUUUAUCAGAAUACGCAAAAGAUUGGAAUAAUCAAUUUUUCAUAUUGUAAUAUAGAUAUUUAAAUAGAAUUUGAAAAUGAAGGCGUUACUUUUUUGAUUAGCUUGAUUGAUGGAUCCCUCUAUCGCUUAAUCUUAAGUGCAGGAUAAAAUAAUGACUUUUAAAAAUAUUUAGGAAAAUUAGGAAUGUGA